GCCGCGGCCGCAGCGCACUGCCCGGCCGGAGUGCGACGCGGCAGCCCGAGUCCGGACGCCGGCCGGUCCCGUGCGCUCCGCGGACGGGCGGGGGUCUGUGGACGCCCGGCCGGCAGCAUGGAUUCGGAUUCCGGCGAGCAGAGCGAGGGCGAGCCCGGGACCGCCGCAGGUCCUGAUGUUUUUAGUUCAAAGAACCUUGCCCUUCAAGCCCAGAAGAAGAUUCUGAGCAAAAUAGCCAGUAAAACUGUGGCCAACAUGCUGAUUGAUGACACCAGCAGCGAGAUCUUUGAUGAGCUCUACAAAGUCACCAAAGAGCACACACACAACAAGAAGGAAGCCCACAAGAUCAUGAAAGACUUAAUCAAGGUGGCAAUCAAAAUUGGGAUCCUCUACCGGAACAACCAGUUCAGUCAGGAGGAGGUUGUUAUCGUGGAGAAGCUCAGGAAGAAACUGAACCAGACGGCCAUGACAAUCGUCAGCUUCUAUGAGGUAGAAUACACCUUCGAUAGAAAUGUGCUCUCCAAGCUCCUACAUGAGUGCCAGGACCUGGUGCAUGAACUGGUACAGAGACACCUGACACCCAGGAGCCACGGGCGCAUCAACCAUGUCUUCAACCACUUUGCUGAUAUGGAGUUCCUCUCCACCCUUUAUAGCCUGGAUGGAGACUGUAGGCCCAACCUCAAGAGGAUUUGUGAAGGAAUCAAUAAAUUGCUAGAUGAGAAAGUCCUCUGAAUGCCUUCCCUCCUCCUGGACUUGGCUGCAUUCAUAUUACAGCACCCAGCGAGUUCCAGGUGAGAAUCAGGAAAACAAGAAGAAACCCUUGUCAAAGAUGCCCAUGUUCUGUCCUGUUCAUCCCUCUGAUGUUGAUGCUAGAUUGAGCUCAGGUGUGUUUAUCACCUAAGCUGUCUGCUGAGGUCUGUACUUAAAAUCUCCUUUGUUUGCAAGCCCAAAGGACAUCUCAUCUAUUCUAAGCAGAAAAGCUGCCCUACUCAUCUAGGUGGGCCCAGUUCAUCUUGUGGAAUGGAAGGAGCCCUGGACCAGGGGUCAGAGGACAUGGGUUUGGUUCCCAGCUCCAUCAGUUACAAUUUUGUCCUCUGGAUCCUGGAACCAUCAUGCCCACCUGCCUACCUCCCAGGGCUGCUGUGAGGAUCAAAUGAGAUUAUGUUCAUGCUUUUAAAAACUAAUAAAAGGUCUAACUAGUUUCUCUUUGGCAUGUGGCAGGGAUCAACCUGGAUCUAGACUAUUAAGCAGCAGAGAAAAGAACAAUAGUUUCUAAUGGGCUGGGUUUGCAAUUUGUCUCUAGAUGUGCUGUUUCAAACAAAAUAAAAAUGAAUCCAAAGGUGUGAAAAAGUA